AUGUGGCCUUAUGUCAAAUUAAACAUCUAUAUAUAUUAUUUUCUCUUUUUUGUUUUAUUUCUCUUUCUUCUUUUCUCUUAUUUCUCUUUUCUCUCUUCUCUCUUAUUUCUCUUUUCUUUUCUCUCUUUUUCUUUUCUCUCUUUUUUCUCUUCUCUCUUUUUUCUCUUCUCUCUUUUUUCUCUUCUCUCUUUUUUCUCUUCUCUCUUUUUUCUUUUCUCUCUUUUUUCUCUUCUCUCUUUUUUCUUUUCUCUCUUUUUUCUUUUCUCUUCUCUCUUCUCUUAUUUCUCUUUUCUCUCUUUUUUCUCUUCUCUCUUUUUUCUUUUCUCUCUUUUUUCUUUUCUCUCUUUUUUCUUUUCUCUCUUUUUUCUUUUCUCUCUUUUUUUCUUUUCUCUCAUUUCUCUUUUCUCUCUUCUCUCUUAUUUCUCUUUUUCUUUUCUCUCUUUUUUCUUUUCUCUCUUUUUUCUUUUCUCUCUUUUUUCUUUUCUCUCUUUUUUCUUUUCUCUCUUUUUUCUCUUCUCUCUUUUUUCUUUUCUCUCUUUUUUCUUUUCUCUCUUUUUUCUCUUCUCUCUUUUUUCUCUUCUCUCUUUUUUCUCUUCUCUCUUUUUUCUUUUCUCUCUUUUUUUCUUUUCUCUCUUUUUUCUUUUCUCUCAUUUCUCUUUUCUCUCUUCUCUCUUAUUUCUCUUUUUCUUUUCUCUCUUUUUUCUUUUCUCUCUUUUUUCUUUUCUCUUCUCUCUUCUCUUAUUUCUCUUUUCUCUCUUUUUUCUCUUCUCUCUUUUUUCUCUUCUCUCUUUUUUCUCUUCUCUCUUUUUUCUUUUCUCUCUUUUUUCUUUUCUCUCAUUUCUCUUUUCUCUCUUCUCUCUUAUUUCUCUUUUUCUUUUCUCUCUUUUUUCUUUUCUCUCUUUUUUCUUUUCUCUCCUUUUUCUUUUCUCUUUUUUUUUCUCUUUCUGCUUAUUUCUCUCCUUUUUCUCUUUUUUCUCUCCUUUUUCUCUUUUUUCUCUCCUUUUUCUCUUUUUUCUCUUCUCUUAUUGCUAA